AUGGCGAUCAUUUUUGGAUCUAAGGUUACCACGUCAUUGUUGUUAGCAGUCCAACUUUCGUUCUGGUUCAUCCCGGAAACGGAAUCUCUGGUGCCGCCGUCUACGCAGAAACAUCAUGGCAACAACGCGACGCUUGAGAAUGCACCCAAUCUCCCUCGGAACAAAACUUCGACACCCACAAAAAGUCGCUCAACCUUGCGACCUGUUUCUAAAACGGCUCCUGCCACGGAUUCACACAAGAGCUAUAUAGUUCUUCUGAAUGACCAGGUCGAAGUUUCAGAAUUUGUGGCUACCUUGAAGAAGAGCUGGGCGUCGGGUGGUGGUGCAUCGUUAAGCGAAAACCAAGUUGGACACGUUUAUCAGGAGGUCGGCUUCAAAGGUUUUAGCGCCCAGUUGGAUGACCAAGCUUUCAAAAGUCUCUCUCGAAGUGCUGGGGUGCUGGAAAUCAUUCCCGACACUUUGAUGAGCGUUCAGCCGAUAGAUGAAGUUAUUUCUGAUGCCUUGACUGUGACCGGCCUGGGCGUUGAACCUGCUCACAACGCGACUGUAAACGCCCAAGGAGUUCCUGACCAUUAUUCUCAAAAAGGAACUGCCCCUUGGGGUCUUCAGAGAAUCGACCAGAGGAAAAUGAUUAACGGUCGAGCAGGCAGCUCUGCUCUAGUCAACUACGAUUAUUACUACUCUCAGCCGGCUGGCGAAGGUGUGAUUGUUUACAUUUUGGAUACCGGUGCCCGCGAAACUCAUAAUGAUUUCGGCGGCCGUGUCGAGAUGGCUGCGCAAUUCGGGGGAUACGAUCUGGAUGACGGGAAUGGUCACGGGACUCACUGUGCUGGCAUUGUUGCUGGAAACCGAUGGGGGGUUGCCAAAAACGCCCAGGUUAAAGCAAUCAAAGUUCUUGCUGACGAUGGAAGCGGCUCCACUUCUGACGUGAUCGCCGGCGUUCAGUACGCUUUGCAGCAAUAUAAAGCAUCUGGGUAUCCUCCUUCGGUAGUCUCGUUAUCCCUAGGCGGUGAUAAGAAUUCUGCCUUGGACCGUGCCGUCCAGGCUGCUAUCAAUCAAGGGAUUCACAUUGUGGUAGCCGCCGGAAACUCUAAUACCGACGCGUGUCUUUCCAGCCCAGCUUCUGUCUCCGGCGCCAAUGUCGUGAGCGCGAUCGACAUCAAGGACAACCGGGCAUCCUAUGCAAGCUGGGGAACCUGUGUUGACUUCUUCGCUCCUGGGUCAGAUAUUUCCUCCGCUUGGUUUACGGGUGAUGACGCCGUCAAAAGAAUGUCCGGAACCAGCAUGGCCACACCCCACGUGGCUGGUCUCAUAGCUGCUCAUCUCAGUCGACAAAACUACACGACCCAACAAAUGUCUGAUAAGCUCAAACGUGAUGCGACUCGGGAUGCUGUUUACCUGGGUCCUACCGACUCCGCUCCAAGCAACACGCCAAAUGUAUUGCUUUACAACUCGCUUCAAUGA